AUGAGCCUGGGCGUCGGCCUAGCCGCUUGCGGCGUGUCGUCCGUCUUCUUUGGUUCAAUGUUCGUUCCUAUCAGAAAGUACGAUGCUGGAGAUGGAAUGUUCGCUCAGUGGGUGAUGUCGAUCGCCAUUCUUAUAGUCGGCUUCAUCGUCUUCUGCAUUCGAAGCUUCCCCGGCUUCUAUCCAUUAGCGAUGCUGGGCGGAGCAUUUUGGGCUGUCGGUAACGCCACAGCGAUUCCGAUAAUCUCCAGGCUUGGGAUGAGCGUUGGAAUCCUCAUAUGGAACACAUCAAAUUGCUUGACGGGCUGGGCUGGCGGAAGGUUUGGCCUCUUCGGCAUGAAAGCUAAUCCACCUGCUAGUGAACUCCUGAACUACGGUGGACUGGUCUGCGUGAUCGUA